CUGUAACGUUGUAUUGUAGGCAGUAGCAAAACUUCCAUGCCGACAAACAACACCUGAAGGUUCCUUCAAUUUUUCUCAGAAUAUCGAUCUUAUAUUUGGGAAAAGCAAUAAAUCAGUUUGGGUCUUUGCUUCUUUUCUGCGCCAUCAGCCGGAAUGUGGGUCUCCAGUGCAAACAAACGCGCCGCGGGUAUGGUUGAUGCCCGUUCUCCGGACCGGAACCGGGCCGGGACAGGUUACAGCAGCCACUGUAUAUGAUAUUGAGAACCAGUAGUAGGUACUGCAUCUGGCCAGUAUGACAUAAAUGUCAAGGGUACCUACAACGCUUGUGUCUCUCCUCAAGGUUCACUUGGCGGCCUCCAUCUCGAUGAUUCGCACCCCCAAGAUGGAAAUAGGGCAAACGACACGAGGAAUCCAGGGCCGGAUGCGAUCGUCCGAUGUGUCAGCUGGGCCUGGAGAAAGGGGCGAGAGGCAAACCAGCAAGCGAGACAUCAGGGUCCUGGGUGUGGGUGGUGACGGCCCUCUCUCAUUUUCUCGCCCACGAUGCGGCAGCAAACAGGCUGGUUGGUCGGCAGUUGUGCUGCUGAUGAGCGCAACGAAACGGCACUCCCACCUGAUCCUACAUGUACUAGUAUGUACAAGAAGCUGAAGGCCAAAAAAAAUAAGAAAAGAAAAAAACAAAAAAAAAAAAAAAAAAA